AUGACGUUAUUUCCCUGCUAUUCUUCCUAUCUUUCUUCUAAUAUAUGUGUUAAGGUGUUAACCAUCUCCCCGACUGUAGGCUUUAAUAUUAAAACCUUAGUAUGGGGCUCAUAUAAAUUAAAUAUAUGGGAUAUUGGAGGACAAAAGAUUUUGAGAGGUUACUGGAGGAAUUAUUUUGAGUGUACAGAUGCAAUAGUAUGGACAGUUGAUCUAACCGAUUGUAUGAGGGUUAAAGAAUGCAGUGAGGCGUUAAAAAUGCUAUUAAAAGAGGAUAGACUUUUGGGUACGAGUUUAUUAAUACUUGGUAAUAAAUGUGAGGUAGAAUCGAGGAUGAAUAUAGAGGAAUUGAGGAAGUUGAAUAAUGAAAAAAUUGAGAGCCUUGAAUUGGAAGAUAUUAAGUCGCAUAGUUAUAAUAUUUUUGAAGUGUCAGGACUUUUAGGAACAAAGUUGUAUGAAGCGUUUAAAUGGUUGAUAGAAGAUAUAGAAAAAAAGAAAUAUGGAAGGGGAUAA